UGGUACACCAAUUGCGGAGCCAUAGCCACAUGUACGUGCAAGAUCAUUCAUUGCCGGCUGCAACGAAGUGGAAAGCUCGGCUCUGAACUUCACUUCGCUUUGUGAGGAGUGAACGUUGAUCCCACCGACAACACGCCUGCUGCUUCAGCGCUAGCCUUGAAACGGAUCGAGAUGUUCAACACCGUCCACGAGGUCUUCGUCUCCUGUGACGACGACGCCACGAGCUGCUGGAAGAUCCUCAUUCCCGUGCGCUUCGCGGCGGCGGAGUUCCCCAAUAUCCCCAACAUCCCCAGCGUGGGGUGGUCGCAAACCUCCAAAGAGACCUUCCAGAACAUCAAGGUCGAAGAUGGGGCUGAAUCACCCGAGGGACGGGGCUACAUCGUGUGUUGGUGCAGCGAAUGUGGACUCGCUGACGCUGACUUCCAAAGUUAUGUCGGGCAGGCGGGUCAGAUCACCGUGAAGCGCCCGAAUGCCAUGCCAGAGGCCUACUUGGGCCUCACUACUGUGAUGCCUGAUCAAACGCCCAACCAGGGCAAUCCCGGUGGCCCGGUGGCGAUCGCCUUCGUGACGGGGGAUUUGGCACACUAUGCAACAGCCACAGGUCAACAGCAUUUGGUCUUUGAGAUCCUGCCGGGAUUGGACGACACCAUUCCUGGAAGCUCGGUCUACAGAGAUGUGCUCUUGCCGCGGACCAAUCUCUUGGAGCCUCUCUUGGUCUCUGCUGACCUGGAUCAGCCCUCAGAGGCCCGGCAAGACUUCUGCGGACGGCUCUUCACCGAGCUUUGGUCUGAGGAUGAAGAAGGCUUUCCCAUGCCAGAUGGUUGCUACUACAGUGAGGACACGACAAAUCCAUCCAUGACUGUGAAACAGCUUCACAUCCUCUUCAGCGCGGGGAAUCAUUUGAAGAAGAACACCAAGUACAUGGCCAUCACCAACAUGAAUGUGCUUGAGUACCUCCGAGCCGACUUCCCUGCGGAUGGGGCCGUGUGGGUGUGGUCCAUGGAUGACGUCUACAACAAUCCCUUCGGCGUGGUGGAGAAGGGAUCUGCUUACCCAACGCCUGGGACUCGAGUGCCUCCUCGCGAUACCUUGGGCAACCCCAUGUUCAACCAAGCGGGAGAUCCACGCUUCGACACAGAGCUUCAGAACGGCCAGGCCGCUCAGGGCUUCCGCGUGCUGGGCACCAACGGCGCCAUCAUCGAGGAGAUGAAGACCUACUGCAUUCCUCAUGAUGAGAAGAACCCCACUGUGUCACCGUCCACGACACUGGCGUGCCAAGUGUGCAACACCGAGGAGGACUGCGGCAACGGGGGAAAUGGCGUGGAGCCCGAUCCUUCUUUGAGCUUCUGCCGCUCGCCCAUCGAUGCCAAGUGCCCGGAUGCCAAUGGCGACCUGUUGAACGUGCCUGCCUUCAGCUUCGAAUUCAAAGCACGCUUGGGCCAUCCCAUCAAGCCGCAGUCGAUCCUGCGGCUGUGGCUGCAUCCACUGACGCAGUGGGACAUCGGAGCUGCGUGCCAGGUGGCCCACACAUUUUGUCCCACUGUGGUGGGCGGGGUGUGCUCCAGCCCCAUUUGUCAGCCUGAGUCAGUGGUGGGCGGCAUCGUGGUGGGCAUCGCAGCAUGGCCAGUGAAUACCCUCAGGAUCAUCCUACCCAACAUCAUGGCAGAUGUCACCAGUACUUCGAAGAUGAUCAUGAAGAUCGGCAACUUGCCCCUGCCGGCGGGCGGCUUCUUUCCCUCGGUGGUCACUGCAGAGAUCAUGAAGGAUGGCGGCUUUUCGCCCUUCUAUUGGGACAUGAUCAUGGCCCAAGCGGUGUCCAACGUGAAUGGAGGGAGUGCUCGGCUCUACAAGAGGCCCUUGAUCUUGGCAGCUUCCUUGGUCUCCACCGUGGGCGAUGGCAACCAAGCGCCCUUCAGAGGCGAUACCGGGAACAAGAUCUACGCACGGAUUCGCUUCGGCACCACCUUCUACGGCUUCGGAAACCUUGUGCAGCUGAACUUCAAGUUACCGCUAGGCUACGCCUGCGUGUCGGCCAACCAGGGCGGCUCUGUGCCAGAUCUGUCCAUUUUGGCGAACCGCUUCCCUUCGACCAAGGGGCGCUUGGGUGGCAAGGUUCCUGAAGUCCGGUACCGGCCAGUGGCGACGCCAGACGUGUUGUGUCAGAUCACCUUGCUGGAGAACAUGAUCAUUUAUGCCCGCACAAUCUAUUACGUGGAACUGGAAGUGAACAACCCGACCACUGCCUUGAAGAAGGAUGAUGUGCUCAAUACCUGGAGCUUGACGGUGGUCCACAAUGGCUACACCCCAUCGCAAAUCAUGGGCAGUGGAUCCGGCGAGGACUUCAACCUUUCCACCAAGGAGCUCACCUUCUGCCCUGCGCCUCGCGACAAGCUUUUUUGCUUGUCAAGCUUCGGCACGGGCUACGCAGAUGCCCUGCC